UCUUCUUCUGCCCGUUCUUUCAUCUUCUUGAGGUGCUCUAUCAGGAACACCUCUUCUUAUUAUCAAAAAACAACUUUACUUUAUGAUGAUGCCUGUAUUGCUGAGUGAAGCUUGAAAUGAGAAGGUGGCACCCUUUUUACAUACAGGCAGUCGAGCACCAUUUGGAUAUACUGUGUUUUAAGCUUUCUGGGUUUGAUUUUUUCAUUUUUGGUUUGGUAGGCUUAGAUGUACUGGUUGAAGAUAAUUUAUGUCUAGAUUUCAAUCUAAAUGUUGCUUGUAUGAAUUACUUGCAGUUAUCAAAUCAUGCUGGGAUAGUGAAAAUGUAGAAUACAGUAAAUAUUGGGGGGCUAGAAUAAAACAUUACUAAUGGUGUGGUGGGUUAACAAGAUUAUAUUUUGGGGGGUUGGGAUAUUCUUGGUCUCUCUUUGGUUUUGAGUCUCCAAAGAAUUUUCACUUUAUGUUCAGUUGGGGUUUCUGGAGUCCCAAGCUUUUUCACAAUCAUAUAUGGAGAAGAAGUAAAAGUAGAUAUUCCUCCCCUAACUCCCAAAACAACAACUGGAGAUGACAGCGGAUCCAAGAUGCUUCCCCACACUCCGUUGACCCCUCUUAACAAUCUGGAGUCGAGUUCCGAUGAGGAUUAUCAGUCCAAGAAUGAGACUGCCAAGGGAGAUGGUGGUGUUAAAGGGAGUACUUGCGGUCCAAAGGCUAGGAGAUGUCUUGAACCAGUAAUGACUCCAUCAGCCAAGAAAGUCUGUUGUCUUCAUGAUGCGUCGUCAACUCCAGCGCCGGUUCUCGAUAUUCCUAAACCCCCGGAGGAAAUGAAGUACGAUGAUCUAUGUGUGGGAAACACUUUCAAAAGCAAGGGGGAGCUGAAACUUAUACUUGCAAUAGCCAAAGUAGAAAGAAAUUUUGAGUACGCAGCUUUUAAAUCCGACAGUCAGAGGUUUAUUGCCAAAUGCAAAGACAAGACAUGCAAGUGGCGUCUGCGAGCAGUUCCCUUAGAUUCUUGUGGGUGGUGGAGACUCACAGUCGCAAACGAUGUGCACACUUGUGGUAGUAACAAAAGGACUGACCCUGAAUUAAGAACCAAAGUGGUGUCUGCUGGAAUUGCAGAGCUUUUCAAGCACAAAUUCAAAGAAUUGGAUGCGGCCUUUACGCCCAAACAACUGGUUAAGGACAUAAAAAGGGACUAUCAUGUGGUCAUCUGGUUAAGGACAAAUUCAUAAAAUGUCAGUUGCCGCACCAUGAAAGCUAGGGUUUUAUAUUUACUGAUUGACUAAUAUCCAACUAUAUGGAAAGCAGGAGCUAUAGAGUUCAAUAGGUUUCAGCUGAUCAUCCUCACUGUCCCAGACAACAUCAUUUGUAGAGGAUUUAUUUCGACAGCAAAAGGUUGCAUUUGUGGGAGGCCUUCACCUGUUUGCUUAUUGGAAUAAGUGUGAACCAGCUUCAGUCGCUACCUGCAGGGGCGACAUCUUUGAGUACCCCACUGCAAUGAGUGCAUAUUGCAGGGAUAUUUGUUAGUCCAGUACACUGGCUCGUUGAGAUUUUGCUUCACAAGUUCAGAGAUGAGCAUUUUUUAGGGGGCAUAGGGUGAAUUGUGUCCAGUAAAGUGUGUGUUUCUCUUUUUGAUUUCAUUUCUCAUUUUGGAAAAUCUCUUGCCACAAGUCCAGCUAACCACAACCGGCAACAGUUUUCAUCAACUUGUUGUACAUGAAUGAAUAGUUACUUUUCUACAUAUUAUUUUACAGUAGAACACAAUCUGGUUGAAAUAAAUUUAAGCCCACAAUCUGGUUGAAC